AUGGCUGAGAAGGCGAUUUACGACUCCAACGGCUCCGUUUUCGUAUCCACAAGUUCGCCAAUCGAUGCGAAUCCUGAGAGACUUCGAAGGCCUACGGUCCCGGUUCACGGCAUCGAGUUUUUUCAAAAGGCUUCUUCUUCACUUUUUCGAAGUAAUCAAAAUAUUUCAGAUGGUUGGAAAGAAAAGAAGAAUAAUCUGGUCAGUCACGAUCGUUUUUUGUUUCUUGGUCAGCGUGGUUAACACUGUUUCGACCCUCGUCGAAUACUUCUUCUACAGAACUUCCACGCAUAUAGCUUUAUUUGAAGUUUUUUUAAGCAAAAAUCUCCUUUUAAAAUGAAAAUUUGCAGAACGAGAGUCUAACAUUGCCCAGUCUUCAUUUUUUUGCCCCAAAAACCCAGAUCAUUUCAACUACGACGUCCUUUUUUUAAAGGUCAUUGAAAAUUAGUUUUUCUUACCACUUUUUUUCACUACUCAUGAGCUUCAGAGUGGUUACUAGGGGGCAACCUUAGAAGCCUUGAAGAAAGGCUUUCACGGCUCUAAAGGUUUAUUCGAUUGUUUUUAUGAACACUAUGAGAAGAAGCCAUGCGGAAAACUCAACAAGCUAGCGUGGUUUGAAUAAAAAAUCUCAAGAAAGGAUUAAUAAAUAAGUUUGUUUUUUUCAAUUUUCGAAGCUGAAAAAAUAAAAAGGCUCUGGCGUUCCUAUGUAAGUUCUUUCUUUUAAGUAAAAAAAAAACUUGCCGUCGAGAUAUCUGGCGACCCACCUGAGCUGAGAUUUCAAAAAAAAAAAAUCGACUAACAAGUCGGUUUAUUCUAUUCAACGUUGAAAGAAUUAAACAGAAUUCGGCAUAAAUGAUGUAACUUUUUUUCAUUUUUAUAUUGUAUUUUUCAAAAAAAACUUCCACCUAAUUUUUUUAAAUAUUUUUUUCUAUUUACAAGUAAUUUCAUCAAAACGAGAAAUUUUUGACACAUUCAGAUCAAUACUGUAAGAAGGAUUUUUUUAAAAUAACUUCCUGGGAUUGUGUAAAAACUCUUUUUUGCAGAUAUGGUGGAAAAGGUCGGAGAACAGCCAAAUGGGACGCUUUCAGACAUUCUUUUGUUUUACAUCGGAGGAUCUGGGUUUCAAAACGUGGAAUACACUGCGUGGAGCGUCGACCGUAUGACGUCGGCUCGAGCUCUGGCCACGAAAUGGCUCAAAUCUCGCUCUGCUCAACAAAUGUUCCAAUUUGUCUUUGAUCAAAAUGGCGUCCAAUGCAAAGAAGUGCUCGGAACUCUCUUUCUUAGCCAUGUGGAAGUUGAGAUUUUCGAAAGUUGUUUCAUCGACAGAAAUCAGUUCGACUGCUGCUCGUACUUCCAGCCUCAUUAUGUUCUGCUCAGAGGGAAGUGAGGUCUUUUGAAGACAGCCCUUUCUAGAUUUUAGAUGUCUGCGUUUGGAAAAGUUCAACUUGCGGCCGUUUACUCAUCUCGUCAUUAACUUUCGAAAACCGAAAGGCGAGUUGAUCAGUCACGAACCUCAGGUUGGUGUUCUUCUCUCGAAGACUGAUAAGCCAUCUUUCACUUAGAGACAGUAUGCCGUCCACGUUUCGGACAGCUUCGCCGCAGUGGCGACUUUUCCUCGCUUUUACCUGACGUUCAACGACAAAAUUUUUAUGAAUGUUUAUCUCCGGAAAGUGUUGAUGAGACCAGACAAGCGAGUCUGCUCCUUCGCCCCCAAGGAGCAAGGUCGUUUUAUUUCGUUUUCUACGUGAAAGGACUGAUACUCAGGACGAGCGACUUGCUACAUCAACAAAUGGCUGCAAGACGUCGUCAUCAGUCGCUUCAACUGUACUUUUGUGUAUCUAUCUAAUUUUUCGUCUUCCGCCGGCUUCGAAACAUGCGAUCCAUCAAUCAUAGUUACCAACUACGAUGGGGUCGUGAAUGGAGGAUUUAAUAACACGGUUCGAUUUCCUCAGUUUUAUCAAACUCUUCGAUGAUGGUUUGAUUUUUUCAGUGUUUAUUGAACUGCCAUCGGGAAGAUUAUACUUGGAAGGCGUGGACCCACGUCAUUCGCGACGGGAAGACCUUUUCAAUCGACAUCACCUUUCCAGACAAUUAUGUAUGCGUUUUUGUUAAAAACGUUUGUGUAAAAAUAAUUUUGUGAUCGAAAACAAUCAUUAUUAUUAUUAAGCAUUGUUUGACGUCAUUCAUUAUUUUUCAGCUCUGAAACUCAGAAUCUCUGUGGCACUCUUUUUCUGACCAACUUCAAUUUUGAGAAAUGGAAAACUUAGAAGGAGGAAGAACAUAUAUAACUCAUUUUAAUAUUUAUUGAGGACUAUUUUUUUCUUUUUGAACGUUAGUAAUUCAGUUUUAUAUUUGAAAGAAAGAAGGCGUCGAGUUUGAGAUAUUCAUAUUCGAUUCAUUCUUUUUAUCGCCUUAAAAUGAAGCAAAGUUGAUCACAUUCUUUUUUUACCGUCGAGCAAAAAAAAAUUCCGAUAGUUUUCAGUACGAGAUCUACGAAGAACGCGUGAUGACGACCUUGCCCGGUUUCAUAUCUCAGGUUCAAACAAAAAAUUCUCAACAAAAUUUUUUUUUCACAGCUUGGCGGACAACUCAACCUCUACCUUGGAAUCUCCGUCAUUUCUCUUUUGAACGCAGGCGUCUACGUCAAGGACCGAAUUUGCAAAAAUAAGUGA